GCCCGGUGAAAGGGAUUCUGCGCAUGCGCGCUGGUAGGGAGGCGGGGGAUUGGGGAGGAAGUGGACGGAGCGAGCCGUGUAACAUCCUGAAGGGACGUGGAGAGCGAGCGGGGCUGAGCGCUGGGCUCGCUACGCUGAAGGAGCAGGGGCUGAGCGCUGGCUGUUUCUUCCGCCGCCCCACGCCUCUGUGCUGACUCUCUUUGGGGGCUCCUUUUCGUGUCCCUCCGCCGCUGUCAGUCUGUCCUUGCCCUCCCUCCUGUCUCUUAGUCUGUCCACCCCUUCGUCUCGCUCCCUUCUGUUAGCCUUUAAAAUAUAGCUCUAAUUAUCUCUGUAUUAGCCUACCGCAUACCUCUUUAGCCAGCCUGGCUUUCUUUCGCUCACUCUCAGGGACUGCUUUGGCUGCCUCACUGAGGACUAGUCUCUUGAGCCUGAAAAACCUCCGCUGGUUUUGGGCUCUUCAGGGUUUAGACUCUCGUUGACCUGACUUGUGGUCCCGAUCCAUUUGUCUACUUCCUUCUUGGGCCUCCGUUCUUUCUCUCGUGUCUCCGGGAUCUAGUUUCGGUACCUGAGAUAAGGCACCAUGUCCGUGGCAGGUUUAAAGAAGCAGUUCUACAAAGCCAGCCAGCUGGUCAGCGAGAAGGUUGGAGGUGCUGAGGGAACGAAGCUCGAUGAGGACUUCAAAGAAAUGGAAAAGAAAGUCGACCUCACCAGCAAGGCUGUGGCAGAAGUCCUGGCAAGGACAACAGAAUACCUGCAGCCCAAUCCUGCAUCCCGGGCCAAGCUGACGAUGCUGAACACCGUGUCCAAGAUUCGGGGGCAAGUAAAGAAUCCAGGCUACCCGCAGUCAGAAGGCCUCCUCGGUGAGACCAUGAUCCGGUAUGGCAAGGAGCUGGGCGAAGACUCCAACUUCGGCGACGCCUUGCUUGAUGCCGGGGAGUCGAUGAAGCGCCUGGCGGAAGUGAAGGACUCACUGGACAUCGAAGUCAAGCAGAACUUCAUCGAUCCCCUCCAGAACUUGUGUGACAAGGACCUGAAAGAGAUCCAGCACCACCUGAAAAAGCUGGAGGGGCGGCGCUUAGACUUCGACUACAAAAAGAAACGCCAGGGGAAGAUCCCGGACGAAGAGCUACGGCAAGCCCUGGAGAAGUUCGAGGAGUCCAAGGAAGUAGCAGAGACGAGUAUGCACAACCUUCUGGAAACAGACAUUGAGCAGGUCAGCCAGCUGUCAGCACUGGUGGACGCCCAACUGGAUUAUCACAGGCAGGCGGUGCAGAUCCUGGAUGAGCUUGCGGAGAAACUCAAGAGCAGAGUGAGGGAGGCAUCCUCACGCCCCAGGAGGGAAUAUAAACCAAAGCCCAGAGAAACCUACGACCUGGGAGGGAGUGACCAGUCAAAUGGCGGCUUUUCCUGCAACCCUGCCUCCAAAAUUUCAGCGUCCUCCUCUUUCCGAUCCGAAAAACCAUCCCAGACGCCAAGCAGGAAUUUUUCAGCCCCACUGGACCAGCCGUGCUGCAAGGCGCUGUACGACUUCGAGCCUGAGAACGACGGCGAGCUGGGCUUCAAGGAGGGCGACAUCAUCACGCUGACCAACCAGAUCGACGAGAACUGGUACGAGGGCAUGAUCAGCGGCCAGUCGGGCUUCUUCCCGCUCAACUACGUGGAAGUGCUGGUCCCACUCCCUCAGUGAGGCGGCGGCUCCCCGUCCUCCUCCUCCUCCUCCUCCUCUCGCCUCGUUGCCCCCAUGCACUGGCUGCUGCCCCCAAGAAGGAGCGAAGAGGCCUGCGGGGCAGCCGUGGGUGCCGGGGGGCGGGGGGGGGGGCUUUUCCCUCACAUUCCGCGUGGUUUGCCCAACACUAAUUUCCCGUCCAGCGACUUGGGAUCGCGUUGGCGCACGAGCUGGUGGUGUAGCGGGUGAGGGGCCAGAAAAGAGCACUUCCGGCUGCCCCCCAACACCUCCCCCUUCCCUCCCUCCCCCUCUGGUGAUGCUGGAAUCGAGGACCGCCACUCCAAACAUGGCCCAUGCGUCAAGCGUUUUGUGCACUUUGCGCGCUCGGUUUUUGCCCAGCUACGCCUCUCCUUGCGGCGUGUCACCGCUUCUGUGUGUCCUUCGCCUCGUAUGCCGCACCACCAAGAGGCAGGGCGGAGCACUGGGGUCUCGGCUCCAGCGUCACCCUGGGCUGGACACACACGGUCCCGCCCCAUCCGUGUCGCUGCCUUGUCCUUCAACACUAGGAAGGGCUUGCCUCACUUUGCACAGGCCUCUCUUGUCGCAAGAAACGGAAGCACUUAGGAUCUGUCGAAUUCAAGCCUUCCGGGUGAACCCUUUCCCUUUCCCCUCCCCACCUCACACACGCAGACACUUUCUGUCGCUAGUGCUCCUGCCGGCCAGGCUUCCUGGGAAACCAGGCGUUGGGCGUGAGACUGAAGACAGGAACGUCCGAACCGGCACACGAACCCCCUUCAGGUGUCUCUGAGAGAAGCACUGGGAGGGAAACACGGAGGCAGUCGCUGUGCCGCACGCACCUCCUCGUCCUUAGGCCGCCUCGGCCUCAGCAUCUGUCUCCUCUGCCGCUCUGCGCUGAGCUGGUGGCGCCCCUGCUCCAGCCACCGUGGUUCUGCGCAACGCUGGCCAUGCAGCGGAGCGGAGCGCGCGGCAAGGAUGGCGUGGCGGGAAGGAGGCCGGAUCGGGCUGCUCUUUAAAGCGUAGGGAAGCCUUAGAUCAGCAAGCCUCCCCUGGCAGCCCAGUAGACACUUGGCAUGAAGUUGGCACCUUUCUGCUCUAGAGGUUUGGCAGGUCCGCCUCCAGAAGAUCCUGGACACGGGUUUCCUCUGCCCUUCCUGACGUGCCUUUGGAGUCUGGGCUCCAGUUUCAAAAGCAGGGAGUGAAGCUGCUACUUUAGACCAUUCCCAUGUGCAGGUGCCACUGCCUCUUUAUUCUAAUCCCGGCCCUCCUCUCACCUGGCCCUCACCUUUUGGGACACUGAUUCCGUUAAUAUCUACCAGGAUGCAUACACUACAGAUGGAAAGCAGCAUUGCUUCUCAGAGUUUGCCACCACAACUGGCGGGCCCACACAUGGUCACGGAGGCGUGAAUGUUUGCGAGAAAUCCCCACAUGAAGUUCAGCAUCCGUGCUCACAACCAAGCGGCCAGCAGCAUAUGUGCAAGCGGGUGGCAGGGCAGUUUCCCCAAUAAUUUAUCAAGGAUGCACCUGAUGCUCAGCCCUUUGCCUGAUUUGCUAGCUUUCUCCAUGCAGGGAGGUUUUUUUGUAUUACAGAGAAAGCUACUUAAACAUCUGUGGGCUGGUGGUGAAAAGGCAGGGUUCCUCUCCGUUCUGCGAAGCAUUUCAGAGGGAAACUUGAACACUUCAUACUGAUGCAUAUAAUUUUCAGUUGCUGCCGUCUCUCUAUUUCUCAGAUGGCACUUUCCCAUCUUAAAAACCUAUCUGGUGUUUCCUUUGUUGUUGUUGGCUAAGCUGUCAGUUUUAAACCUGGGCGGACCCUCGGCUGUGAUCUUGCAAAGGAUGCAAGUCCAGUUCUGUUCACCGGUGCUUUCUUGUAGAAGCGGGGUCACAGAAAUCUUCACCCCCUCCCGAAAGUGACAACUCAGUCUGGAAUUUCUCCCUCUCCCCACAGAAAACAACUGAAAUGUCCCAUGUAAGAUUUGCACCCACUCCUGGCCUUGGCACAGCGCAGGGUUUCUGUGAAUGCGAGUCGUGCACUCCUCUGCCCCGCCCCCACCCCCAUUCCCUCCAGCCUUGUAUGCAAGACUGGAUCGCAGUGCAAGAUUGCAAGCCUUCCUCACUGGUUUGAGUUCAGGAGAACAGUUAACUUUUCUCUAGUUUGAAAGAGGUGUUUCUGCCUCCACCUCGCCCCCAAAUCUUGUGUCUUUAACAAUGCCACUCUCCCACUGCAGGCAGUGGGUUCCUAAGCACAACUGAGGCCACGUCUCCUUUUUCAGGGGUGGGGUUUUGUUUUUGGCAGCACUGCCAUUUCUUCCCUCCCCCUUCCCCGGGGGAGGCACUGGUCGGGGUCCAGCAUGGGGAAGGUUGCUGGGCCAGGACUCGGCACCUUCUCUCCAACCCAUUGUACCAAAACCUCUCCGUACUCUCUGGCUGGGAUGCCCAUUCCUUUCCAGUUGGUGGUCUCUUGCCCAGCAGUGGCACCUGUCUUUCAUAAACACAUAUUUAUAUUCAUGUAUAUCUAUAUAGCUAUAUCUGAACCAAUUUAUUUUGUAGUUAUUCUCCUCCGCCGCCUCCUCCUCCUGCUCUUCAGCGUGUGUGGGCACCAGAGAGGGACGGAUUUCCUCUGUAAAUCACCCCAUUCUAGAAACUUACAUUUUUUUUACCCCUUCACUAUCCCAGCUUUGUGUCUUUCAGUUCUUAUCUGUAAAACACCCCACACUUUCCCCCUGCCCCCAAAGUGUUCUUAGAGACCACUCAGGUAUUCCAUCUCUGAUGUGACUCCCAGGUGUUCUCUGACUGGAAGGUAAGCUUGGUCAUUGCGGGUUUAAACACUUCCCUGUUGCCGGCACGUUUCACAAGCUCGCCAGACAGAACGAACUUUGAGCAUGCAGAUGAGACACUUUGCACAUGCGCAGCUGUGACACCUGGGGAAGUGGCAGGUGCAUAAUUGUUACAGCAUGUGCAGUCCACCCCCGCCCCGCUUUUUGAACAUUUCUUCCACUGUGUUCUUUCUUCUCUCCCAUCCCACAUCAACUAAGACCACAUGAAUAAAAAUUAUACAGGGCUUUUGAGUGGAAGGGGUAGUUGGACUUCUGUAAAUAUUGGCAGCAGCUGUGUCGCGCCACAGUAUAAUUUCUUGUACCUUUUCUGUUGGAUGAACUGAAACAAAUAUCUUUGUUUAUUCUGGACAAUUUAUUGGGAACGUAAACAAACAAAACCCACCCUUUUGUCCUGGUUUGUGGAUCUGUUUCCCUCCCCUCUUUUUUGUUUUUCAAUAAGAGAAAAACCUCAUAUCUUUGAAAUAAAAAGUAUUACAUGUC